AUGCCGUCGCAGUGCAGGGACCCUGGACAGUUAGAUGUCAUGGAGAGGCCACCAAUGAACCAGGAAGAAUUCGACAGACGGUUUGAAUACGAGUUGCCCCAUGAACACACUAGCAUAUGUUUUAAAGUAGCCGUCGUGACAAGAAAAUUCUGGAGGCCUUUCACAUCACCGAGGAAUUUCGCCAAAACAAUUGUUUCUUUUAUUCCAAUAUUGUAUUGGUUACCUAGAUACCAGUUCAAGACAAACCUUUUACAUGAUGCCAUCGGUGGACUGACAGUUGGAAUAAUGCAUGUACCACAAGGAAUCGCUUACGCGCUACUGGCAGGUGUUGAUCCAGUGAUCGGUCUGUACACUUCGUUCUUUCCGGUUCUUGCGUAUAUGGCUUUCGGUACCUCGCCACAGUGUUCUACUGGAACAUUCGCUGUCGUUGCCCUUAUGACCGGUAACGCAGUGAAGAGACUAGCUGUUACACCGUUAGAUGAGGAUCCACUUACAAAUCUGACAAUGUCGUCGGAUGGUCCCACGCCGAUACAAGUCGCCUCUGCACUCUCUGUACUCAUAGGAAUGAUACAGACGGCCGUAGCGAUUCUUGGUUUGGAUUUUGUCACCACAUACUUCUCGGAUGAACUUGUGGGUGGAUUCACUACUGGUGCUUCUAUGCAUGUAUUCAUCACUCAACUGAAGGAUGUGGCAGGAAUUACUGGACUGCGCAGACGUGACGGCGUUGCAAACGCUUUACUGAAAGUCUAUGAUCUAUGUGAAGCAAUCGGUCGCACGAAUCUUAUGACACUUGGUUUAUCCGCUGUAACCAUGCUUGUACUUGUUCUUGGAAAAGAUCUCAUUAAUCCACUUGUGCAGAAACGGCUUCGCUGCCCAGUCCCUAUUCCUUUUGAGCUUAUCGCGGUUAUCGGUGGAACACUUGUAUGCCAAUUCGCACAACUGAAAACUAAUUUUAAUGUGACGACGGUCGGAUAUAUACCCACUGGUCUGCCAGCACCGAUAUUUCCACACGUCGAUCUCUUUUCAUCACUUAUUUUGGAUGCGAUUUCAAUUUCAGUUGUAGUGAUGGCUAUUCAUGUUUCAUUAUCAAAAAUUCUAGCCAAGAGGUUCCAGUAUGAUGUGAACACUAAUCAGGAAUUCUAUGCAAUGGGUUUCACAUCGAUGAUCAGCGGAUUUUUCCCAGUAUUUCCGCAUUCGAGUAGUCUUUCUCGUACUAUGGUCAGCGUUAGUGCCGGGACGAAAACGCAGCUUUCCGGUCUCUUCUCAAGCAUAUUUAUCUUCAUCAUUGUGCAAUUCAGUGGCUCAUGGCUGCAACCUUUGCCAAUGUGCGUCUUGGCUUCCAUUAUUGUAGUGGCACUACUAGGAAUGUUUGAAAAAUUUGCACAAUUAUCAAAAUUGUGGCAGUUGUCCAAGAUCGAUUUCAGUAUAUGGGUGGUCGCCUUUGUCGCUACUGUAGCUAUAGACGUUAUGCAAGGUUUAGCCAUUGCUAUAUUGUUCGCUUUAUUUACUACGGUAGUUCGGGAGCAAUGGCCAAAAUGGCACAUUUUGGCAAAUAUUUCUGGGACGAACGAUUUCCGAGAUGUGGAAAGAUAUCGGCACAUUUACUUCUUCAACAGCGUAUGUGUAUUACGAUUCGAUUCACCAUUACUCUUCACGAAUGUGGAAAGAUUCCGGAAAAUUGUGGAUAAGUUGGCGAAGGAUUGGGACGGUGUAAAGUGCUGCGGUAAAAUCGACAAGAGGCACCUUAUUCCCGGAGAGAAAACUGAAAAACAUGAAAUCGCAAGCAAUUCGUCGCACACGACAAAAAAGUAUUUGAUUAUCGAUUGCUCCGGAUUCGCCUACGUUGACGUCAUGGGAGUCAACGGCUUAAAGGAGAUCUAUGAAGAGAUGAAGGCCAAGAAUAUCCAAGUUUCAUUUGCGGCUGCUAAAGCCCCGGUUCGAGAAUUAUUCGAAGCAAGCGGCCUCUAUGCAACCGUAGCAAAGACAAACUUCUAUCCCACCAUCUACGAUGCUGUAUCGUAUGCUCAGCUCGAGAAGUCUACGUUACAAAUGGACGAGGUCGUGUUGCAUGAGAACUCGUAUGCGAACAGCAUUGUGAACACCACAGAUGAAACUUUCGAAUCGUCGGACACUUCUAAUGGCCAUAAAUCAGUAGAAAGUAGCCGGACGAGACAUUAG